AUGUAUGCUUCGGGUCCAAGUCAUUUUCAUAAAGAUUCGACAACUUCGGAGCCAUCGGCCCCUCCACUACCUCCGCCACCACCACCCUUUCCCUUUGAUUCCUAUGAAUACACUGCACCAACUACUGGAUUUCCAGCCAACAUCACAAAUCAAUACAAUCCGCCAAUUCCAACCCCUGCCCCUCCUCCCGCUGUUAGCUUCCGCUCUACUCCAGUGCCUUGGUCCACUGGUCUUUGCCAUUGUUUCAACGAUUGUAAAAGUUGUUGCUUAACAUUUUGGUGUCCAUGUGUUACAUUUGGACGAAUUGCAGAAAUCGUCGACAGGGGAUCUACCUCAUGUGGAGUGAGUGGGGCGCUUUACACACUGAUAUUGUGUUUGACUGGUUGCUCGUGCUUGUACUCGUGCUUUUAUCGAUCCAAAUUGAGGGGACAGUAUUUGUUGGAGGAGAGUCCUUGUGUUGAUUGCUGCGUCCAUUGCUGGUGCGAGGGAUGUGCUUUGUGUCAAGAGUAUAGAGAGCUACAGAACCGUGGUUUUGACUUGUCCAUAGGAUGGCAUGGAAACAUGGAAAGACAGAGGCGAGGAGGAGUUGAUGUGAAUCCAGUGGUGCCUGAAGGCAGCAUGACCAGAUAGAGUAAAGCAUAGUGGAAUUGUACUAUUCUUGCCUCAGCCAUCCACUCCAUCAAUCGGGUACACCAAGACCCUCAUGUAGUGAGUAGAGAUGGGGAUAACUGUAGGAUACACGCGAGCCUUCUCAGUUAACAUUCAAAUUGAGAAUUGAAGUUAUUCCAUUCUUCCAUCCUCAUUGUCAUUCCCUCUUUCAUCUUACUUGUGGUGGUCAAAAGAAAGAAGAGAAGAGAGAUGGAUGGAAUGUCCGAAGAAUAAA